GCCCAGGUGUCCGGGAGCGGUGGCGCCGAGAUGCAGCCGCAGCUCUGGCUCCGGCUGGCCGCGCAGCUGGCAGCUCUCCGAGGCAGCUCAGUCCUCCAGCAGACCCGUGGGCCCAUACAAGUGCAGACCAACCAAAUGGUGACACUGUCCUGUGAGGCCAAAACCCCACUCAGUAACAUGCGCAUCUACUGGCUGAGACAGCGCCAGGCCCCGAGCAGUGACAGUCACCACGAGUUCCUGGCCCUCUGGGAUUCCACAAAAGGGACCAUCCAUGGCAAGGACGUGGAACAGGAGAAACUAAUUGUGUUUCGGGACGCGGCCCGGUUCGUCCUUAAUCUCACACGUGUGAAGCCUGCAGACAGCGGCAUCUACUUCUGCAUGACAAUCCGGAGUCCGGAGCUGAUCUUCGGGGCGGGAACUCAGCUGAGUGUGGUUGAUGUACUUCCCACCACUGCCCAGCCCACCAAGAAGUCCACCCCCAAGAAGAAAGUGUGUCUGCUCCCCAACCCAGUGAGCCGGCAGGGCCCACCUUGUGGCCCCCUCACCCUCAGCCUGCUGGUGGCGGGUGUCCUGGUUCUGCUGGUGUCCCUGGGCGUGGCCAUCCACCUGCACUGCCGGCAGAGGAGAGCCCGGCUUCGCUUCAUAAAACAGUUUUACAAAUGAGCAGAGAAUACAGUUGUGGUGUCCUGCUACAAAAAGACAUUGGUCAGUAACGAGCAAGACCUGGAUAAAUGAGAGAUGGGACACAUUCGACCGUGGAGAUUUCACUGGCUGCUGAAGCUGCCUGCUUUUGACUGCUGCAAGUCCUUCCUGUGGGCCCACGCAUGGGAGCAACUUGUUAAUUGAUCAUCGGGAAUCUUCCAGAGAAGGCUUCAGAGCCCCCAGGGCACUUCGCAGAGUGCGCUGGAGGACACAGUAGGAAAUGCUGCCCAUGAUACCACUUCCGGCUCCUGUACUUGCCUGGGCUGGGCUGGGGCCUUCAGUGUCUUUGCAAGUUGCUUUGCCCUAGUGAGGCAGUGACAUUGGGUCCUGGGGCCUUUCAUGGGAUGGCGUGGGGUGGCUCCCUCUUGGUCUUGCCGGGCUGGGGCUGACUUUCCUCACAGAGAAGCCAGACCCAGGUUAGGCGUGAGGCUUCCUGAGAGGGGCUGCCCAGCUCCCAGCAACCAUGAUAGUCUCUAAGGAUUUUGCUUCUUUUCCCAUUAGGAAGUUUCUGAGCUUUUACUUCUACUCUCCCAUGGCUUGCCUAGUUCUCUUACUUUCUAUUCUUUUUAUGAAAUGUCUUGUUUAUAAAAAUAAAAUCCUAGAUUAAAGAUG